AAGCGCUACGCCGAGGGCGACCACGUCGGUACGAGCGAGCCGUGCCUGCAGUGCCGCUGCGCCGACGGCUCGCUCAGGUGCCGGCUGCGGGUCUGCCCCAAGCUGCCGGACCCGAUGCCGCCGGGCUGCAGAUCCGAGCCGCCGCCGCCGACCACGGAGCACCACGUCUGCUGCGCCAAGAUCGUCUGCGACGGCGACCAUUCCGUUCCGCAAAGAAGUGAGAGCGAAAAUUUGCUUCAACGUUCCAAGACGACGGCGGUGGAGGCGGCGGAACGUCCCAACAAGGAGGAAGGAUGCGUCUACGAGGGCGUCCGCUACGGGCCGGGCUCGGCGAUGAUGGGCUCGCGACGCUGCGAGUACUGCUACUGCAUCUCGGGUGCGCGCAAGUGCAUCCAGCCCAAGUGCCUGCUGCCGCUGCCCGGCUGCGUGCCCCUCUACAAUCCGCACUCCUGCUGCCCCGUCGCCUACAACUGCACCCGUCAAGCGGAGUUCUCGACAACCCUAGCCGCGAUCUCGGCUUUCGGUUGCCGCAAGGGCCAGCGCGUCUAUCAGGAGGGCGAGAUGGUGCGCGACAUACCCUGGAAGGCGGCCUGCGACAAUUGCUUCUGCGCCAUGGGCGCGAUACGCUGCGUGCCGCUUGCCUGCGCCCCGCCACUGCAGGGCUGCCAGCCGAUCGUGCGCCCAGGACAGUGCUGCCCGUCCACCUACAAUUGCAGUGGAACGAUCGAAGUGAAGGCGGAACAGAAUUUCGCCUCGUACGCGUUCAUCAGCAAGGACUACGCGAAAUUUCGCAAGGAGAAUCAUUACUACCCCGCGAUUCACGAUCCCGCGCUGACGAGCAUCGAGGGAAGGGGCUACAGGGUAGUCAACGAGAUCCUAGCACCGAGCUCGCUGGCCAGCGGAAGGAGCAGCAGCGGCGGCGGCGUUGGUGGUUUGUCCGACUCAGCGACCGAAAAGUUUUCCCUCGCUAACGACAGCAGUACCACCGAAUCGAUAAUAAGCAGCGACGAGGACGGCAAUAACGACGACGACGACGACGCUGGCACAGAAGAACACGACGACGACGACGUCGGUGACGGAGACGGAGAUGGAGGUGGUAGCUCAGAGACGGAAACGAUGAAUAACGAAAUCAUAGGCGAGACGACGGAUUAUCCGAAGCAGCAGCAGCAGCAGUCCACCACUACCACCAUCACCACCACCGGCGGCAAGCUCGAGUUGUCGUCGGAGAUUACGCUGGAUCAAUCGGUUACCACUACUACUACUACGGCGGCACUGGCUGCAUCGGACAACGACGAACAGACGAGCAAUUACGCGGACGCGGAGCCGAAUACUUCGCCGCCGGAGACGACUCCGAUGCCGGCAGUGGUGGUAUCAACGACCGCUGCGAGUAUCGCCAGCCCCGAAGUGUCCGUAGGUGGUGACGUAAUAUCCAUCUCGAUGCUGUCCAGCGAGAACUGCUCCAGUCACGGGCAGGACGACUUCGAGACGACGUUGAGUGACAGAGCUGCUGCCGAGUCGACGUCGUCGGUGAGUGUCAACGUGACUGAAGCUGCAACGACGACUUCGAUGCCGACAACGAGUACAACUGCAGCGUCAACGACCACGACGACGACGACUACGACAACGAAGAAACCCUCGAGUAGCGGUACUACGCCGAGGAUAAAAAUAAACAAGAAAAAUUCCACGUCUUCGGCGAGGCCGACGAAAAAGAACAACGGUAACGGUAGGCCGUCCAAGUCCACGCAGAAGCCGCACACGAAGAAAAAUACGACCAAGAGAUUGGGGUCCGGUAGCAAGAUAGCCACGAAGAACGACAACAGCAACAACAACGUCAUCGAGAAGAGCAGCAUAGUCGCCCAAGUGGACAAAUCCAGCGUCACCUGUACGAACGGCACCACCGACGAGACUACUACCACCGAUACUAGCACGAGUACUAGCCCAGCAACGACCUCCACUAGCACUAGUACUACUACCACUACAACGACGACUACGACUAGCACUACUACUACCACUACUACGGAGAGUCCCGAGGUCACUACCUUGGCCUACGAGGAGGAAGCCGAACGAACGACUACGACGAGCAUCGAUCGGAUAAGCGACGAUAACGAGCCAAUUAUGGAGAGAGAUAAAAUCAACGACGAUAAUGACGAGGGGGAGAAGACGAUCUCCAUGAUAUCGGUGAAAAAUCCAUCGAGCGGCCUGUCGACCUCCAUACUCGUGCCCAACGACAUGCUGGUGAUGAACGUCACCGUCAAGACCAACGUGGCCGUCGAGACGAUUUACGGCAACAACAAACAUCAGGAGGCGGGAGCUAGUAGUAGCGGUGGUGGUAAUGGCAACAAGCCCAGUAUGUCUCCGGACGUCCAGGCGAUUCUGAACAUCACGAGAAGAAAGGGAGACGCCGCUGGUGGCGCUGGCGAGGAUUACGAGUUCGAUUACAACGAGCCGACCCUGCCGCCCUCGCUGCCGAACGUCAGGAUAAUACCGUUCGUAGCGGCGGACGCUCUGGUGAAGGACAAAGACGGCGAGGUGGUGUCCUCGUCGUCGUCGGUGGCGACCGGAUUUCCCGCCGUCGGAGUCGUCCCGGAACUCCGUAACGAUGCCAAUUUUUACGACAUCGUCACGCAAACGAGUCGCUUCAGUCCGCCCGCAAAAACGGAAGGAACAGGUGGCUUCGUGCCGAAAGAUCAGUCUCACUUCGACGCGCUCUUCCACUCGUCUGCCUCGGAUCUGAAUUUGGAGGUGAGCACCGGCGUGACUGUCGCGCCCGAGGAGAUGCCCGUGCCACCGAAUCCACACAGAAAAACCGAUGUCAUGUCGAACAAGUGCCUGUACGAGGAAUUGGAGUACACCCACGGCCAGUUCUUACCGAGUCGAGCUCUAUGCGUGAGGUGCAUCUGCUACUUCGGCCAAAUCAUAUGCUCCAGUCGCAAGUGUCCACCGCUGAAGAUCGGCUGCAAAAGAAUCAGCGAUCCCAACAACAAGUGCUGCGACAACGUAGUUUGCGCCGACGGCGUGGAGUCGCCUACGGUCGUGCUGGAUCGGGCCGACUCGGAGUCGUCGUCGCAGCACGAGCCGACCGUCUCGCCGGAUCCGUUUCGCGACGUGAUCAAGACCGAGCCUGCGCCCGAUCUGUCCUCGCUCAUCGGCGAGAUGCAGCCGCCCUACCUGAUGCCGGAGCCGAGCUUGACGGCGACUACGACGACGACGACGACGACGACGACGGUGGCAACGAUUACGUCGAGCGAAGCCAGCCCCGCAGAGGAUCAGCAGCAACAGCAGCAGUCGCUGUCACCACCGCCGCUGACUUCGGUCGACGAUUUCUCCCGUUACAACGACAGCCACGACGACGACGAUGGUGGCAACAACGAGACGGAUGCGGCGGCAUCGGUGUCGAUCACGAGCAAGAGCUUCAGCGCCGACGACGUGACCCUGACGACGACCGACCCGAUCAUCAAGGACAACGAGGCCGACGACUCGUCGAUAUUUUCCCUCGACAGCGUGUUCAAUCUGUUCUUCGACGACGACCGGCCGGCGGAAACUUGGGGCGAGAAGACGGCGGCCGCGGCCAACGUCACGAAUUCCUCAUCGAUCGUCAAAGUUCCAGCACCGACGACGACCGGCUCAACGACGGCAGCGACGGUUAUCUCGUCGAGUAGUACAACGACGACGACGACGCCGACGUCAACGACAGAGCCAACGAGCCCGUCGACUUCGACGACGGAAGUGACAUUUACGACGCUGGAGGAAAGCAGCAGUAGCGAGCCGACGACAACAACUACAACAACGACUCCGACGACGACGACUACAACGACGAAGAAACCAGCGACCCAAGCGGAUAACGAUCCCCUGGGCUUGCUCAAGCUCGCCGGCUGCAACAUAUACGGCAAGAUGUACCGGGUCAACAGAAUCAUCGCCGAGCUGUCGAGCGACUGCCGCGAGUGCAGAUGCAGCGAGUUCGGCGUCCAGUGCAAGAGCCUCGAUUGCUGAGAUACGAACACGUCUAUGCAAAGUCGUGUAAUAAACUGGGCCCGGAAAGCUCGUGAAUAAUUAUUUUGUAAACGGACAUCGUUCGAUGUAAACCGAGGCGCGCGCUCGAGAUUCUCUUGAGAUUCGUUAUCCGCGCGCGAAUUCGAUACGGUUUUUGACGGAAAAUUUUUACGAAUCCACAAAAUAUAGUUGUAGUAUCAGUAUUAUUAGAAGAAUUUUUAGUGAAUGCAAUAUGAAUUUCGCGUAUAUAUCUACAGUAUGAAUUCUGUAAUAAAGUUUAUUUAAUUAAAACUGUGUACUCCGAGUAUAACUCACAAAAAAAAAGAAUAAGGCAAAUAUUUACGUUUCGCACGCCAUUCGUUGUAACUUUGACUCACAGAGGAUCUGAUUUCAGCCUGUUGAUCUUGACGUUGAAUGAUAAAGAAAAUAUUUUACCUCGUGAAAUCAAACGAAACAAAAUUUCGCUCCAACGAAAGUAAAUACGAAGUAUAUAAUGUAAUUCGAAAAUUCACGAUAGAUGCUAAACUCGUGCAAUAUAUAAGUAGCAUAUAUAUAUAGUCGCACUCGUAUUAAUCGUAUGUUAUGUAUAUAAAAAAGCAUAUCGACAUUUGAGAUAUAAUUUUAUUACUCGAACGGAUAAAGAUCAAUAAUUAUUAAUUAAAAUUAUAAGAUGUAGCCAUCGAAUAAGCUAUAAAAAGCCAUUUUUGUACGUCAACGUUGUCUAUAAUGUAAUAGCUAGAAUCUUUUUCAACUCAUACUUAUACGAAUCGCAUCCAAUACUUAGUUCUGUAAGACAGCUUUUUCUCUAUUCGAAGUAAAUAAAGACAAUAAUAAGAACACGAA